UUGAUGAUAAUAGGGAUGUGCAAAAUUUGCUCUAGGGUAACAAUGGGAUAUGGUAUACCGUAAUACAGUGGUGAAAUUAUAAUAAUUUGGAAGGGCGCUAACUGAUUUCACCUGUUAAGCCAGUGCAGUCAGACCCUCCAUUUGAUGCUAUGGCUCCGCCCCUGGCUCGCUCAGCUCCUGCUGAGCUCAAUCAUUGGUGGGGUCAGCUGAGGUUCCGCCUCCAGAAUAGGAAGGGGUGGAAUCAAAUGCUUGAUGAGACUUUUCUUCUGCAGAACAAGAGGAUAAAUGACAUUCCACUCUUCUUUGCUGCCAAAGAGAAUGAUGUCGGCUCAAUAAGGAAGCUGCUGAAGUUUCCCUCUACAGAUGUCUUUGAAAGAGGAGCCCUGGGGGAGACCGCCCUGCAUGUGGCGGUAUUAAAUGACAAUCUCGAGGCGGCUGUGGCCUUGAUGGAAGGAGCCCCAGAACUCAUAAAUGAGCCCAUGAACUCUGACCUGUACCAGGGGAUGACUGCUCUCCACGUAGCUGUGGUGAACCAGAACGUGAACUUGGUCCGCGAGCUGAUUGGCCGAGGAGGGGACGUGGCCACGCCCAGGGUCACGGGGUUGUACUUCCGGAAGAGGAGAGGCGGGCUGAUGUACUAUGGUGAGCAUAUCCUGUCAUUUGCCAGCUGUAUGGGGAAUGAGGAGAUUGUCUCCAUGGUGAUUGAUGCUGGGGCCAACAUCAGGGCCCAGGACUACCUUGGGAACACCGUGUUGCACAUCCUGGUGCUGCAGCCCAACAAAACCAUCGCCUGUCAGAUAGUGGACCUGCUCCUGGCCAGGGACGCAGAGAUGGACGUGGCAGUGCCGUUAAGCGUGCUGCCCAACUACCGUGGACUCACACCGUUCAAACUGGCCGCCAAGGAGGGCAACGUAGUGGUGUUCCAGCACCUGGUAAACCGGAGGCGGAUAGUCCAGUGGAGCCUGGGACCUGUCACCUCAAGUCUGUACGACAUGACAGAGAUAGACUCCUGGGCUGAUGACCUCUCAGUGCUGGAGCUCAUUGUGGGCAGUCAGAAGAGAGAGGCUAGAAGGAUACUGGAUGUGACUCCAGUCAGGCAGUUGGUCAGUCUCAAGUGGAAUCUGUAUGGGAAACAUUAUUUUAGGUUGUUGUUGCUGGUGUAUCUCCUGUAUAUUGGAACAUUCACACUAUGUUGUGUAUACCGACCCAUGAAGGACGCCCCCGCGAAUUACACAGUUUAUGACAAUGACUAUACGAUCCGCGUUCAGAAAACUCUGGCGGAAAGCUAUGUGACUUAUGAGGACCACUUGCGUUUGGUGGGAGAAAUGAUCAGUGUCCUGGGCGCUCUGAUUAUUCUGCUACUGGAGAUUCCUGAUAUACUGAGAGUUGGAGCCAAGCGAUAUUUCGGUCAGACGGCACUUGGGGGUCCCUUCCACGUCAUUCUGAUCAGCUACGCGUGUGUGGUGGUGCUGCUCUGUGUGCUGCGGGCGAGUGGGAUGCCUGGGGAGAUGGUUCUGAUGGCCAUCAGUCUGGUCCUGGGGUGGUGCAACGUCAUGUACUUCGCCCGCGGGUUUCAAAUGCUGGGACCCUACGUCAUCAUGAUCCAAAAGAUCAUAUUUGGCGACUUAACAAAAUUUAUGUGGCUGAGUGUCAUAGUGCUGAUUGGAUUCGUCAGCGCUCUGUGGAUGUGGUACAUGACCCAGGACCCUUCGUCUCUCCCCCCCUACCGGUCUUUCCCCAUCGCCUUCUUCUCUCAGUUCGAGCUGAGCGUGGGGCUGGUGGACCUGCCGGUGGACCACACGCUGAGAACGCACCCCGUCGUCCACGUGUUACACUGCUCUUUCUCCGUGGUCUCCUACAUCCUCCUCCUCAACCUGCUCAUCGCCAUGAUGAGCGACACGCACUGGAGGGUGGCCCAGGAGAGGGACGAGCUCUGGAGGACUCAGGUCGUGGCAACCACUCUGAUGCUGGAACGGAGACUGCCUCGGUGUCUGUGGCCUCGACUUGGUGUGUGCGGUGUUCUGUACGGUCUGGGUGAGCGCUGGUACCUCCGAGUGGAGGAUCGAAAUGACCAGUGUGUACAGAAGAUCCGUCGCUACGUCAAUGCUUUUUCCAAGGACGACGAUCCCGUUCCGGAAGGGGAGGAGUCAGAGAAGCCAGAGAAGCAGGAGAAGCCAGAGAAGUCCGAGAAGCCCGAAAAGCCCGAAAAGCCCGAUAUCUCUCACGGUGCCACCCCUGUCAUCCCGCUUAUCAAAACCCUGGAGAGAACUGGGUCGAACCCUAACCGGAAGUCCCUGAAAGGCUGGCCGGUGAUUCGCCGGAGCGUGCUGGGUCUCGAAGCGGAGAUGGAUGCCCACACGCAGGAGACGCAGGAGGUCGAGUUCGUCUGAGAUUUGACCGAGAGCCAGCCAUACCAUGUCAAUAUAUAAUGGUGGUAAAUCAAAUCUUGACAAUACUUAGGGUGAUGUGCAAUAAAUGGAUACAGUAUUGUGUGAAUUUAUACAUAAUAUGUAGGGAAGGAAUUGAUUGUAUUUUAAUUUUUUUUUCCAUUUACGUUGGUGUCCCAGGGUUGAAAUGUUAUCUGAAUAUUAUUAUACUGUAUACAUUGAAAGCUCAUGAAUCCUAACACUGCAUUGACAUUAUUCAGGUCCAUCUGUCUU